CACUACCAAAGCCCAGAAAAGGAAAAGCUGCACCAGUCUGGUUAGAUUCUGGGCUUCAAGGGAAAGACAAUGUCUCUCAAAUCUGCUUCCACAGGACAAAGAAUCUAUACAUCUGCCAGCUUCUUGGGUCUCACUGAAAGUUAGAUGUUAUUCUUCAAUCCACUCAUGUGGAAAAAGGAGAAUGUCUUGAGGAUCCACUUCAAAGGUUCCGAUCGCACACUUCGCAUCGCCCGAUCCCUUCUUCCUGGCCGUCCCCAGAGGUGCCAAAAGGACCACUUUAUCUUCUCUGAAUAUCAAAGACAUGGCUGUAGGAAAAAGUUGCCUAUCAGAGAGAGAGAUACUUUGCUUGCAUCUGCACAAAAAGAACACAAGACUUUGCUUCAUUGGCUUCUGUUCACAUGCUACAAAAACAAACAAGCAUUGCCAAGUAGGCAGACGGCAGUUGCCGCCAGGGAUUUCAGAGGAUGGAGAAUCUAAUCAAGCAGAGAAGAGAAAGGUUUUCGGGCCCAAAGCAGGAAGAGUUCAGCGGGAGCAGACAAACUAGCGUGGUGCAGCAACAAACGGAUUCUUCGAAAGGAGAUCAGAAGACACAGAACCGGUUCACCAGGCAGUUUUCCGGCCCAAUGAGUUGGGAUUAUGACUAUGGAGACAGCGAGUAUGCAAGUGCAGUCGCAGCCGCUGCAUUUGCCAUAUGCUCCCUUGAAGAAACUGAGGUAGGAAAGCGAGCAAAGACAAGAGACGACUUUGCGUCCUCCCGAAGUAAGAUUAAGAGCAACAAGGUCGACAUCAAGACGGGACCAACAACUGCCGGGAAAGUAACCAGGCAAUCUUCAAACGUGGAAGCAGAAGCUUCCGAGAGAAAGAUGCCAUCUACUUCCAUUACUCCGAAACCGAAGGAGAAUCCAUCAAAACAUAGUAGAAAGGUAGCUAAAGCAGAUGCCUGGGAGAGAGCUCAGAUUGAAAUGAUCAGGAAGCGGCAUGAGAAUAUGAAGUCCAGCAUUUUUGCAUGGGAGAAUGAGAAGAAAACAAGAGCCAAACGUUCUUUCGAAAGGAAAAGGAAUGAGCUCGAGCAGAGAAGGUCAAGAAAUCAACAGCAUUACCAAUAUAAGGUAGCAAGAAUUGAUCAGAUCACACGCGAAGCAAGGGCACAAGCAGAGGAGAAAAGAAGAACUGAAGAAUCUCGAGUUAAGGAGAAGGCAAAGAGGAUCAGAUCAGGAGAAGCUCCUGUCACAUGUUUCUGCUUCUAAGUCCUCUUAAUAUGCACAACAAGAUUCACUUGUGGAUUGAUUAUAAGCCAGUCCUUCACGUAUUGGUUGGUAGUCUCAAUUGUAUUCUACAAAGUUUGAACUCUAAUGCAGAAUAGUAAAUC